GCAAGAAGAAUGGAAGCCCGGUGCCCGCCAAGCCCGCCACUUCACAUGACUUCACCAUCAGCUGACCACGAAGAGGUUUCGACUGGUUUCCAUAACGCAUUGGCGGAGUGCAGCAAAUCAUAGCUAGUGGUAGCUGUUCCACUGCCUGAGCGUGGUGUAUAUAAUGUUUCCUCCAAUUGUCUCGCCGAACUGUUGAAAGGUGACUGAACAUCAGAGCCAAGUGGGGAGGAUGCAACGUAAAACAGUGGUCGUGAUUGGGGCUGGUGUCAUUGGCCUUUCAACAGCCUUGUGCAUCCAGAACAACAUUCCAGGCACUUCUGUUACAGUCAUUGCUGAUCGUUUCAUUCAAGACACACUAAGCUUUGGUGCUGCUGGAUUCUUCCGUCCAGAUGAAAAUAUAGGACCAACACUUGACAUUACAAGAGAGUGGUUCAGAGCAACAUUCAGACAUUACGAGAUUCUAUUGCGUGGCAGCACUGCUGAAACAGCUGGAAUCAAGAAGCUUUCUGGCUAUGCCCUCAGUUCAAGCAACCCGGAGAAACUUGUGAAUGGAACAAUGAAGGAGCUCUGUGCUGGCCUGAGACCGCUUGAUGAGCAAGAACUGAGGAACUUUCCUCUGAAGUACAAGUAUGGAAUAUUCUACAACAGCAUUCUGGCAGACCCUAGAAAGUACUUGAAAUGGUUGACUGACAAAAUACUAUGCAACGGUGGGCACAUAAGGAACCAAGUUGUCAAGGACCUGCAAGACCUUAAGGAUUUUAAUGUGGUAGUGAACUGCAGUGGUCUCAGAGCCAAGGAACUUACAGAAGACCCACUGCUGACUCCUGUCAGAGGACAGGUUAUCAAGGUGUUGGCUCCUUGGGUGACUCAGUUUUAUUAUGCCGAUGGCUGCUACAUUCUUCCAGGGACAGAGUAUGUCACACUGGGGGGCACAAAGCAGCUUGGCGAUUGGAAUAUGGAAGUCUCGCAGCAUGACAGGGACUACAUAUGGAACACAUGUACUGCAGUACUUCCAAGCCUCAAGGACGCUAAAGUGAUUGAAGACUGGGUAGGACUGCGCCCUUUUCGUCAGCCAAUCAGGAUCGAGGCAGAAGUUCUUGGGAGUGGCAGCAACCAGUGCAAGGUGGUUCACAACUAUGGCCAUGGAGCACAUGGAAUCAAUACAUCCUGGGGUACAGCACUCCAUGCAACACACCUUGUUAGCGACAUGCUGCAGCAUGAAACAGUCAGCAUUCCUGCAAAAUUGUAGAUGUGGCAACUGUUAUUUUGUAUAUGACAUGCUACACUUGAAUGGUAUGAAGCCUGCCUGGCAAAGUGAUUGAAAUAAAAGCAUAUUGAAAGAAAAAAA